AUGACCAAGUUCACCACCCUCGUUCUGGCCGCCGCCGCCGCCGCCACCGCCGCCGCCCUCCCCAACCCCUUCCCGGCAUACUCCCUCGAGCCCCGCCAGGACGGCAGCAACUGCACGCAGUACUGCUCCGUCUCGGCUGGCUGCGCCUGCACCGUCCGCCCCUCCGACUGCACCGCCCUGUACGAAGUCCAGCCCGACGACACGUGCACCAGCAUCGCCGACGCCUUUGGCAACUUCACCGUCACUCAGUUCUACAAGUGGAACCCGAGCAUCGGGCGCUCGUGCUUUGGUCUCCAAGCCUUCGUCCCCGUCUGCAUCGACACGCCGUGGUACACGUUCACGCCGCCCGUGCAGCCGGCGGCCGGCACCAAGGAGGCGCCCGAGGACGUGCCCGUCCCGCUGAUGCCCAGCACCGCCGCCGCGUGCACGACGUACGAGCUCACCGGCGCCGGCACCCGCGUCGACCAGAUCGCCGCCGAGAACGGCAUCACGGUCGAGCAGUGGAGCGCGUGGAACGGCAACGCGACCGGCGCGUGGGCUGGGUACUGGAGCUGUGUUGAGGCGUAG